AUGGACACAAGUUGCACAAGAACAGCUUUAAGAACCAUCCUCUUCCUCCUCCUGUGGUCGUGCCUCUCUUUCAUUUCCAUGGCAGACGUUAUUUAUCGUCCCACUGAUCUCUUUAGCAUCAGCUGUGGCUCAUCCACCAACUUCUCCACUCAAGACACUCGGAAUUGGACUUCAGACAAUCACUUCCUCUCUCCAACAAACCCCUCAGUCGCUGCUCCUUCACUCACACCAUCUACCAUACAGGGUCCCUACACCCAUGCUCGUCUCUCUUACUCCUCAUUCAAUUACUCCUUCCCUGUCACACCAGGCCCCAAGUUCAUUCGUCUCUUCUUCUACUCUACUUCAUACCAAAACUUCCCUCGCUUCCAAGCCUCUUUCUCAGUCAAAGCAGGCCCCUUCACCCUCCUUCAAGAUUUCAACGCUUCCCUCAACGCCGAUGCUGAUGAUGACCCUAGCCACCCUGAUAUAUUGUUCAGAGAGUAUUGCGUCUACGUAGGAGACGGUGAGAAGCUCAAUAUAACCUUCUUUCCCAGCACCACAUAUUCCUACGCUUUCAUCAACGGGAUCGAGAUUGUUUCGAUGCCCCCUUAUCUAUACUACACCAAUCCUGGCGACUCCACAGAGCAGCAGCAAAAUGUUGGCACCACGACCCCAUAUGUCAUUGGGAACAAAUUUUCUCUGGAGACCAUGUACAGGUUACUCGUUGGAAAGGAAAUUCCCCCCUCAGAAGACACGGGUAUGCUCAGAACGUGGGUACCUGACCUCAAGUACGUAAAAACUCCAUAUAAUGAAUCAGUUGAUUAUGGGAGUCAUACAAAGCUCAAGUUCAUUAAAACCUAUAACUACACGGCACCAGAUCAAGUGUACAGAACAGUUCGGAGUAUGGGACCUGAUGGCUCCAUCAACAUGGGUUUCAAUCUCACAUGGCUGCUUCCAGUUGAUUCAGGCUUCUUCUACAUGCUACGGUUACACUUUUGCCAGCUUGAUCCGUGGGUUAACAACAUUGGUGACCUGUUUUUCAACAUCAUCAUAGCGGAUCAGUUGGCUACCGAUCGGGCAGACGUUCUCCUGUGGACCGGUAAUCAGAAGGGCGUACCGGUGGUUAAAGACUACGUAGUUUUCAUACAAGGUAAUCUCAACAAAACAAAUCUAUCAGUGAAACUGCAUCCUCGCCCUACAAGCCGGAUCAGAGACGCGGUUAUCAACGCAAUUGAAGUCUUCAAAAUCAACCGCUCUACAGGUAGUCUAGCUGGACAAAACCCAAACCCCCUUCCUCAGAAGCCCAAGGUUCCCCUUAGCUCAAACAAGAAAAGUAGCGUCUUCACGAAAAACCGAGAAGCCAUACUAGGGGCAGUUGCAGGUGUCCUUUUGCUCUCUUCUAUCGUUGUUUUCUUCCUCAUCAAAUGCAAAAAGAAUAUCGCCGUUGAAAGUGGUUCCAGCAAAAAGGACGGAACUUCUCGCGGGGGUGGCUCAUCGUCACUGCCAACCAACCUCUGCCGCUACUUCUCCAUAGCAGAAAUCAGAGCCGCCACCAAUAACUUCGACGAACAAAUGGUGGUUGGCGUGGGAGGCUUCGGCAACGUGUACAAAGGCUACGUAGAGGAGGGUUCAGUACCUGUUGCAAUCAAAAGGCUCAAACCCGGUUCUCAGCAAGGUAUGCAGGAGUUUAUGAACGAAAUCGAAAUGCUCUCUCAACUUCGUCAUCACCAUCUUGUUUCCCUCAUCGGUUACUGUUACGAGAAGACGGAGAUGAUACUCAUUUAUGAUUUCAUGGAACGAGGAACCCUCCGAGACCAUCUCUACGGUUCUGAUAAUCAGUCCUUGUCGUGGAAGCAAAGGGUCCAGAUUUGCUUAGGUGCUGCAGGAGGGCUCCACUAUCUGCAUACAGGUGCAAAGCACGUCAUCAUUCACCGUGAUGUGAAGAGUACCAAUAUUUUAUUGGAUGAAAAAUGGGUAGCCAAAGUUUCAGACUUCGGGUUAUCCAGAAUCGGGCCCACGAGUUCUUCAAUGACCCAUGUGAGCACCCAGGUGAAGGGCAGUGUUGGAUAUUUAGACCCGGAGUACUAUAAAAGACAGCGUUUGUCGGAGAAAUCUGACGUGUACUCGUUUGGGGUUGUGCUGUUGGAGGUAUUAUGUGGGAGGCCGCCUUUGCUACGUAUGGCGGAGAAGCAACAGGUGUCUCUCGUUGAUUGGGCAAAACAUAGAUAUAAGGAGGGGUGUUUGGAUGAGAUUGUGGAUCCAGCACUGAAGGGUCAGAUAACACCUCAGUGUUUGCAAAAAUUUGGAGAGGUGGCGUUGACCUGUUUGCUGGAGGAUGGUACUCAAAGGCCGUCCAUGAACGUCAUCGUUGGAAUGCUGGAGCUUGUUCUGCAGCUUCAGGAGGAUAGUGCUAAAAAUGUAGUGAUGAUGGACACUGGUGGGGGUUACGAAGAAGAUAGUGAGGACCUGUUUAGCAGUAGUCAUUACAGUGUAGAACUUACAGAUUAUAGUAAUAGCACUAGAUGUAACACCUCAGGCAAUACAGAUGAUAGCUAUGGGAGUAAGCAAUCUGACAGGUUGCUCUCUGAGAAUGUUUUCUCUGAGAUUUGGGAUCCAAAGGGACGAUAAGGUAGGAGCAGUACACAAGUUCGAUGAGUUUGAUACCUAGGAUAGAGCUACAUGUAAAAUUUGUUCUUAAGAUAUAAAUCUUAUUAUUCUAAAAUUCUGGAGUGGUUAUAUUAAACGUUACUA